UUUGCGCAUAUCUUUUGCAGUGCUGUGUAAAGAGACCGAUGAAGUUGACUGCUUCUAUAUACGGCAGCUCUGAGUGAGACCAAUAUAUUUCUUAGUCAUUACAGAUCUCGCAGUGUGAUCAUAUAAGAAACGCUCGUCUCCAAAAUGGCGGUCGUAGAUGCCUUCUUCCUGGUCGGCGCCAUCUUGCCGGUUCUGGCUCUGGCCAACAGCCAGGUUGACACAAAAACCUACGUUGCCUGGCGGACUGGUGUGGUGGUGUACAAAGUAGACGACUUGUGCUUCUUGGGCACACUCACGCAGACGCCAUCUAGCGGCACGCCGGCGCACCUGUCGUCCGCAACGCUCUAUGCGGCCGAUUAUGUCGAGUCUUCUCAGGUUACUCAUGUCAACACUGAACUGAAGAGCAACUGCACUGCAGGUUCAACUUGGUGGCUGACAGCAACACGGCCUCAGCUACCGACACUCAUCGACUACCUGCACGACUACAGGAACAACAAAACCAAGCAUCAAGAACUUCCGGAGGACAUCCCGAAGCCUCGCGUUCGCCGCAGCUCGGGAAAUAGCAAUCCAUCUGACAGGCUUCGAAGACGUCUGCACGAUCUCACGCAGCGACUUGCUCCAAAUGCUGCUUGGACAACGAUUGGCGCGGCAGAGACGCGAGGAAGAGUUCAGCUUACCAACGAUCCUUACCCGUCUCCUCUCUUCUCGAGACAACCAAACGGUCAACGGUUCAAACACUACAGAGCAUUUUACGAUGAAAUCGCACGUCAAGCUAGCUCCAAUCCACAGUUGUCAAAUACUUCGGAUAAACAAAGUUUGAAUGGAAAUUUUCCAAUUCAACGUUACUCCUUGAGGGUCAAUAACCAACCGUCGUCCCAUGUGAGACUUAAGAGCAAGGACGGGCCAGAGAUUCGUCCCCGCUCGCCGAGACGACGACUCAGGUCUCAACAAUCGGCAUCCAGGAACAUGGCAGUCACAAACAGAAUAUCAAAUAACGACAAGCGCAAUGUUGACUAUGAAAGUUAUGAUUCAGAAAAUGAAUCAGAUGAGGAAGAAUAUGACGAAAAUGAGCAUUCAGAUUCUCACUACCAAAUUCCCAGGAGAAGUCAACGAUUACAAAAUUACGAAUCCAAUAACAGAAGAGAGUUAGAUACCACACAAAAUCGUAACGAAUUAUUGGGAAACUCUCUUAUUUUUUCACAAGCACAUGGCAGUGCCGGUCCUGAUGGUUCAUUUCAAGCUGAAUCGCGUGGAACUGGCCAGUCUGGAGAGUCGACCCAGAGCGCGGUUAAUGGCGGCGCACGAGGUGCAUCUGCUUCAUCAUCAGCUGUGAGGUUCAACCAACAAGCUUUAGCUCAUGUUAACGUCUCGCCAACUUCUUCAAGACGAGCACAGACACACGAAGCUGCAAAUUCAGACUAUUCGGAAACGUCCCCAAUAAUUUCUGCUAGUGAAAUAGAAGGCAUAAUGCGGAGUAACGGGUACACUGGGCUUGCAAUGGCUUCAGUUACGUCAAGAAAGAAAGAACGAGGCCGGAAUAAGGUUAAACCUUUGUCUAGUUUGGGUCUUUCAGUGGCUGGUUAUCCUAGUGAUGCAGGAAAUGAUAAUUCUAACACUCAAGUGAACUCAGAAAAUCGUGAAACAGGAGAUGUACGUGUCCCACAUGUUGCAAAUAGAAUUAUUGAUUAUGGUGGACUGAUAGGUGGAACCGGUUCUCAUCAUCGAGAAAGUGAAUUUGAACAGAUAAAUCAGGGAGAUAACCCCGAAGGGGGAUUAAACAGAGAUGGAAAUGAAAAAUCUGUUGGGUUGGCUACUUACGCACAAGGAACGUCCGGAUAUCCGUCAAGCGAUUAUACCGACGCCUACUAUGACUUCGAACGCUACGGUCACAACCCACCACUUGAUUUUCCGGAUGAUUACAACUCAAUCGAUUAUCAGGCUUACGUCGACAAUUCUUUUGCUAGUCCAGACAGCUCAGCCAAUGCAAUUCAAACACCUGGACGAGCCGGCGAGGCUAUUGACAGCGGGGUCAAUCAUGCAUCACCUGGUAGCUCUUCUCACCAUGAAGCUGUGUUAGAACAAAAUGAUCCCUACGUUGCUAAUGUGGACAAUAGCCUUGUAUCCGAUCAGGAAAGAUACCCUUAUUUUCCUGGAAUACCAUAUGGGCAAGAUAUCAUUUCAAACCAUCAGACUGGAACAAUUAGCAAUCCAGAAGAUAUUUCUCUUCAACAACCUGGCGAGUACGAACAAAGUGUCCAUAGGCACCCAAGUAACGUGCACCCUGGACACGAGGCUCCAAACCUGUACGAUCAAAACCAGUUCUACGGUCAAGGUAAUCAAGUCUUAAAUGAAGGGAGCAUUCCAAAUGAAACUGGCGUGGGUAACGAUGAAAGUAGUUAUAUCCAUGACAAUGGGGAGCUUAGCUCACAAACUAUUAACAAUGGGAUGAUGAUCGUUGAUGAUAGUCUACAGUCAUAUUUCAUUCAACCUCCUGAUGUAGAAUUUCCAAAUUCAGAGAAUGCAGGUCAAUUUUCAGUCCCAGACCAUGUCCUGGAUUAUGAUAUUCAUUCCAGAAGAACAAGUUCAUCCUCUUCUCAUCCUUCGUACGAUUUUAGUUCGGGUGCGGAUAGUACUUUGCCAGUGGAUGUAGUAGAGUCACAUUACAAUUUAGAAGACGGUGGUAUUCAUCGGAUUGAGAAUGAUCAUGAGCCAGUCGACGCUUCUGACAACGAAGUUUGGGAUCAUCGACAUUCAGGACCAAGUAUACAAUCAUCAGCCCUACCGAGAUACGACCAACCACAUCAUCAAGGAGCCAAGGGAAGGAUUACACCCCCUCCUGAUAGAAAGUCAGCCAGUAGCGUUACCCACUAUCCUCCGGGACACAGAGAUCAAGAUAAACAGCCAGCUUCGCAAGGAAUUGAUAAUAGUUAUUCACGUUUUAAUACUGAAAAUUAUCCAAGAAACAAUUUUCCUGCAACCGCAGUAGAUUCAGCCGAUUCAUCACAGUCUCUUCCACACUUAUACGAUAAUCAACCUCGAUCGAAUUCUGGGAACGAUGCUGGGGAGAAAAGUUACGAACCAAAACCCCCCGAAUAUGACAAUACGGUCAGCAGCGGCGAUUUUAAUUACGAAACGGAUGAUUAUACAUCAGAAAUUCAACCUGUGUACAACACGUCACAUUCAGUGUAUUCUUCAUCUCAUCAUUAUAGUUACCAACGUGGCUCCGAUGAGAGAGGCAUCGGCAGCUCAUCAGACACGGUAUUAGUUCCUGCGACAAUUUCGACCGAACCUCCACAGCCGCAUGUUACGCAAGCGGCUGGUGUUACUGCCAAUGGACCAUACCAACCAGUUUAUCCGCUCGAAGUUCACCCGGAACCAAACAUACAUACAAGCAGAACGGAUGACAAUAUUUCCCCGGGAGGUCAAGGAAUGGAAAUGAUGAGACCUAUAACGCCAGGCAGUAUAGGAACCAUGCAUUCAAUUCCUGCGUCAGAUCCUAGCAUAGCUGAUGUGAAAGUAGUCAUGGCUGCUGCUCCCAGCUCCUUUGAACUUAACAACAGACAAGGAACGGUACUUACCUCAGGAGAAAAAAUCCCGGGCACGACUGGUUACAUUGUUCCAUCCGGCUUCCGGGGACGAUUGAUUUUAGGAAACUUUGGAGUGUCAUCUACGAGUGAAGCGCAAAUGAUGCCUGGGGUUUCUUCUCAGGCAUUCGACCCGAUGCAAGGCAUGCAGAUGAGGGUGAGCUCUUCUUCUUCAGCUCGUUCGGGGGGAUCUGGAAUUUCACUCUCGUCAUCAUCAUCGUCAAGUGCGUUUCCCCAGGGUAUGUUGACAUCUUCUUCUUCGAGCGCAAGUAACUCGCUAGGUGGUCAAACAAAUUCCAACUAUAAUAAGCAGCCUGUCUAUUCAUAUCAGCAAACACUCCACUCCAACGAGAAUGGAGGUCCAAUGAUGCCUGGAAGUCCUGAUUCCCAUCAAAUGCGUUGGCAGCAAGGAACUCCUGGCAUCCCUGGUAUGCGGAGUAAAUCUUGGUCUAGUUGGAGGACAACAUCAUGGAGCAACGGAGAGCCUCGAGCUGGAGUUCCUCAGUCAGGCCAAUAUUCAAGCCAAUCAGCUUUUCAGCCAAGUCCUGCUGACUGUGGUUACUGGUCAAUGCAGUGCUACAUGGUACAGGGACCUUUCCAGCAGAACGAACUUUGCAGGCCAACGCAGCACAUCUUGCCGUGUUGCUGCUAAUAUCUGGCGAUAAGCCUCUCAUUUCAGUUAGAUUCAGAGUAAUAGGCCAUCAACUACAACAUGUUAGGAUCAUAUUGUGAAUAGUUAAAACGUGCAUUAAUUUGUGUAAAUGUUCGGAGCACUUACGAUAGAGCUGUAUCUGUGCCUACCAUCUAUUUGCUUUAGCAUAUUGUUUGUAAAGAAAACCAAGCGUCGUUACUCAACGUUACUCUGGUAAAAUAAACGUCACUAAACCGCACCGCAGAGUUACUCUGCUACUCUGAAGUAACCUGCUGGUGACCAAUAUCAAAGUCGUCUAUGAAUUGACGAAACAAAUGAAUGAGUUUUAUGGGUACAACACUUCAACAUUAGCAAUAUAUGCAAACUAAUGUAACUCAAGGAACGAUGUUUACUCUGAAUGCAUUUCUGUUGAACAAGAUUCCUCCCUGCCUUUGUUACGAAUAUUGUGACCUACAAGUUAUUUAGCCCUGUCAUUUAAAUUGAUUAAAAGAAUAAAAUUGUUUCGUUUGGUAUUUCCAACACGUAAGAAGUAAUCAUUUCAAUGAGAAUUGUCUAUUUAUUGUAAGUUCAUUACGUUCAUAUGAGAAACGUCAA